AGGUCUACUUGAUGUUGGCAAGGCAACGGGGUCAGUGUCGUCCUUGAUGGCUUGACAGGUGCGUGACAGUUCAGCUCUCAGCAUGUACGCGAAAGGGAAAGGGUCUACUGUUCCCUCGGAUGCUCAAGCGAGGGAAAAGUUAGCUUUGUACGUCUACGAAUAUUUAUUACACGUAGGGGCCCAGAAGUCAGCGCAGACAUUUUUAUCAGAAAUACGAUGGGAGAAAAACAUAACACUGGGCGAGCCUCCGGGGUUUCUACAUUCUUGGUGGUGUGUGUUUUGGGAUCUAUAUUGUGCCGCGCCAGAGAGGAGAGAAACAUGUGAUCAUUCUAGUGAAGCUAAAGCAUUUCAUGAUUAUGGUUUUGUAAAUUCAGGGUACAGUGUAAAUGGUAUAGCGCCGAAUGCAGCGCCCAGUCCUCUGAGUCAGAUGCCCCCACAAGAUGGCAUGCCUGGCGGGCCCAUGCCACCUAGUUUUUUUCCUCCUCCCGCGUCCCAGCCGUCCCCCCACUCACAGCCUCCUCACAAUCCCAUGAUGGGUCAGAACCAACCCUAUAUGUCCCCACGCUAUCCAGGUGGACCCCGGGGGCCAGGGGUCCGGAUGCCUAACCAAGUUGAGUUUAACACACCUCCCGGCAGUGCUGCAGGACAGAUGCCUAUGCCCAACAGCAUGGAACCAAGGCCGGGACACCCGGGUAUGGGCCCAAUGCAGAGGAUGAGUCACCCAGGGGGCAGGAUGCCCGGUCCAAUGAACCCAGUUUACGACUCAUUACCAAGUUAUGGUGGCAUGAGGGGUCCACCGCCUAACUCAAGUAUGGGGCCAGGAGGCCCUGCAGGAAUGCCACCAAUGUCGAUGCCAGGGGGUCCAGGUGGACCAGGGGGACAGGGGAACAGACCGUGGCCACCUACAUCAUCAUCAUUAAACUACUCGUCAGCAUCUCCAGGAAGUUAUAAUGGUCCCCCAGUAACAGGGCCCCCAGGUACACCCAUCAUGCCCAGUCCACAAGACCUCCCACACAUGCUUUCAGCGCCAGAAGCAGGCAACUCAGACGGAAUGUACAGUAUGAUGAAGCCUGGAGGACCGGGCGGCAUGCCAGGGAUGCCAGGGUUUCCAAUGGGACCAGAUGGGUCGAUGGGCCCGAUGGGGCCAGGGGAGAUGCCUCCAGUUAUGAAUGGCAUGUCUGUUCCAGGGGAUAUGGAUGGAAUGAAGAACUCACCUGCAAAUGGUCCCGGAACACCAAGAGAUGAUAUGCCACCUGUUAGCACGGCAGACAUGGGAUAUGGUCUGGCUGGGUACCAAGACAAUGAGCAAAACGAAUCUGCCGCUAUCCUAAAGAUUAAAGAAUCUAUGCAGGAGGAGGCAAAACGCUUUGAAAAAGACGCCGACCAACCAGAAUAUUUCAUGCAAUAAACCUAAAUUAUUCUAUUAUUUAUAUGUUAGUACAUUGGACGCGAUUGGAGUCUUCUACAGGUGGUAGUGCCAGUGAUAGUAUGGCCUGGAUGUUCACUAUGACUGCAGGAUUAGGGAACUUGACGACCUUGACCUUCUUUAUUUGCGUACAUUAGCCCUGGCUCCCGGCUUUCUCUGCUCUCUAGACACGCAUGUUCAUAAUCUUUAGGAAGUGUUCCAGCAGCAGACUUCAGGCUCUGAUGAGUUCAGUUUCAUUUCUGUUGUAGACUAGUCAACUAGUUUCUUCAGUUGUCCCUAAUCUGCAAGACUACUCAAGUUUUCUUGACAUUGUGUUGCUUGUAGACGUGGUCGGCUCUGCCAUGUCUCCCUCAUCCAAGUCAUAUUGAACAGCCAGGCUUCAACAUUGAGACAUCAGGAUUGUUUGAUGAUGAAGAAAUAGUCUUCAAGCCAAUGCAGCUGGCCAGUAGUAGUAAAGUAGCUCAUCUUUGCUUAUCCUUAACAUUAACAGUACUGUACUGUCCUGCCCUCAAUUGCAUGUCUUGUCUCCGUCAAACUGACCUGUUAUUAAAUGAGGGUCCUCACCUGUCUCCGGCAUCCAUACAACCGUCCGUCCGUCCGUCCGACCCGGCAGCCGCGCUGUUGACAAUACUGAACUUCCAACUCUGUAGACUUGCUGCUUUAGCAUUGCAACCCUUGUGCCACAGUGCCCCACUAAACUACUAAACUGGGGAGGGGGGGAUCAUGAUUUGAGUUGUAUGUGAUACACACGUUUAUGUAUUUCUAUAUGUAUAUACACACAUAUAUUCAUAUAUUAUUGCAGUUGUCUUCCUAUGUUGCUAACAUCGUCUUCUGAUAAAUUGCCAAAAUACCCAGGGUAUUGUACAUGCCAAGAUCAUCCUGUUAUUAUGCAAGUGUCACAAGGGCAAGAGUGAGCUGCUGCCUCUGAUUGCCGAUCACAAGAUGCUACGUUACGAGAGAUGUUAUUUGUAGUUAAUAUAGAGUAAAUGAAGAAGUCAUGUUUAGUGCAGUAUCACUAGGGCGGCGGUGGCACAAGGAUUGCUUGUAGCAUAACUAUAUACAUCAUAACUGACCUCUGUUUAAUCCCUUCUACUUUGUUACUGGUUUCAUAUUCUUCCGAAAUGCUUCCAGCCUAUCUCUCUGCCCCGAGUGCUAUGUAAUCUUCUUAACGAUGAUUGUGAUGAAUCUCUCGGUUACAAUCUCACAGCCAUUCUUAUUGGGACCAAUUGGUGAGGAAAUAGCUGUCAUCAUCAGCCACGUGAGCCAUGUGUGGGCCCUCGAACAUAUAUCCGCCAGAUCUGUAGAUGUUGACAGUUGUUUUGAGAUAACAUGUAGCAUUUGGCUUCAAGAUUAUUUCUCUGAGUUCAGUGCUCCACAAGCUUGUUUUUUCUCUGGUGCACAUGUACUCCACCGUGGAAGUGGGGUGAAUGAGUGAUCGAGCGAGGAGUGCCGAAUAUCUGACUUGUUAUAUAUUUAUAUCUGCGAGCUGAUUCCGCCCACAUCUGUGACUCGGUGGGCCGACAACCCUCUCUGUCCGUUGUCCGCCGCCAACUUACAGAUGUGCGAUAGGUGUCAGCUGGCGUCUUGUUAUACUGACUGCACAUGGUCGUUUUCUGAUGUAGUUGGAUAAUGUGGCUUUUUGUAUAUUUUGAUACUGGGCUGCCCUGUGUUCCAGCUUCUUCCCGGGGCACUUUCUGUCCCUCUGUUUCUAAUGUUGAUGUGAGUGUUUUUAUUUAUGUGUUUGUGCGAUCGAUAUCCUCAUGCAAAUCCAUAAUCCGCCUCUAGGAUGUAGGUACCACAGCGUGGACGCAGCCCAUCAGUAAUGUAUGCGUAUCUACAUCUGUGGAGGGAGCUCUGCAGGAUUACAUUGUUUUGUUUGUAGUCAUUGCCCAAAAGUACUCUUAGCAGCAUUUUAUAAAUCUCUAGUUCUGUAUUGUUUUCCUCCAGCUACGUAGCUGUCUUGGGCAAUAUGCCAUAAGCAGAAUUUGAGUUUUUCACUCUGUUUGGCGAGCAUGAGGCAGCUGUAGUGUUUGUUUGCUCCGCCUGCGACAACGCUAGUCACCUAGUACUUUAUCAGUUUCUAUACUGCCAAUGCUCACACUAAUAUUGUCGUAGGAACAUAUAUUUUUUCACAAAUUUGUCAAAAAAAACCUGCUCUUGAUCAAAAUGAUAAAAAUACUGAUUAUGAAAAUACAUGUCCAUAUUUUGAUAUAGACUGUGAUGUAUAUAACUUUUAUCCUGACCAUAUCACUAAAGUUAUAUGGUAGACUUAACACUGUACUCCAUCAAUCUUCGAAAACGUUUUUUUUUUCAAACAACUUCCAUAAAAGACGAGUUUCAUUGCUAUGGAAGUAUGUUAGUACGGUGUGGCAGUAGCAGUGUUUGGAUUGUUUACUUUCUUUUAGUUCUCAUUAUUAACAUGUAGUAAACUUGUUGUAGUUUGUUUGACGCAAACUUUUUAAUCACUUAAUGUUCGCUCCAUAUCUAAGAAAAUCUCUUGAAACAAAUACGAGCCGUCUGUCAUUUAAUGUUUUCAGGAAAUUUCUUUGCAACGUUGUAGUGAAACUUUUAACACUUUUGCUUUAAAUUUUGUUUGUAACGUGUAUUUGGCUUCAAAUGGAGCGUCUAGUGCAAAUGUUUUAAAUGAGCGCAAAUACUCUUUACUUGUAAUGGACAAAUUGCACUUUCGGUUGUUUUUCAGGACAGCCUCGCGUGCUUUUAGAAGCCGAAUGAAAGCUGGUAAGGGUGGAGAUAGGGACAAACAUUCAGAAAGGGGAAAA